CCCCUCCCCUCCUCUCCCUUUGGCUGUUGGCACCUCGGGCCGCCACUGUUGCUGUCGCUGCCGGGCCCGCCAGCGCCACCGAGUUAUCCCGGAGGCCAGCCGGGAUAUGAUCUGUGUCCGCCGCUAUUCCAGUCCCGCUGGCCCGCGCCCGUGUUGCCCUCUCGAACCCGCAUCCGCGGGGCUGCGCACUCUAGAGUCUUCAGGUGUCCCCGCGCGGGCCCCGCCGCCGCCGCUGCUGCUGCUGCGGUGCCCCCCAGCCUGCCCCCUCCUCCCAUGGCGGCGGAGAUCCAGCCCAAGGCGCUGACCCGCAAGCCGAUCCUGCUGCAGCGGGUGGAGGGGUCCCAGGACGUGGUCAACAUGGCAGUCCUUGUGCCCAAGGAGGAGGGAGUCAUCAGCGUCUCGGAGGACAGAACAGUUCGGGUGUGGCUGAAGAGAGACAAUGGACAGUACUGGCCAAGUAUCUACCAUGCAAUGCCUUCUCCAUGUUCAUGCAUGUCUUUUAACCCGGAAACAAGAAGACUGUCCAUAGGUCUAGACAAUGGUACAAUCUCAGAAUUUAUUUUAUCUGAAGAUUACAACAAGAUGACCCCUGUGAAAAACUACCAAGCUCACCAGAGUAGGGUAACAAUGGUCCUAUUUGUUCUGGAGAUGGAAUGGCUGCUGAGCACAGGACAGGACAAACACUUCACCUGGCACUGCUCAGAGAGUGGACAGCGUCUGGGAGGUUACCGCACCAGCUCUGGACCCUCCGGCCUGCAAUUUGAUGUUGAUACUCGGCAUGUAUUUGUUGGUGAUCAUUCAGGACAAGUUACAAUCCUCAAACUGGAGCAAGAAAACUGCAGCCUUGUCACAACAAUCAAAGGACAUACAGGUGGGGUAACAGCCUUAUGCUGGGACCCAGUCCAUCGGGUGCUGUUUUCUGGCAGUUCUGAUCACUCGGUCAUUAUGUGGGACAUUGGUGGAAGAAAAGGAACAGCAAUUGAACUCCAAGGACACAAUGACAAAGUCCAAGCUCUCUCCUAUGCUCCACAUACUCGACAACUCAUCUCUUGUGGAGGAGAUGGUGGCAUUGUGGUCUGGAACAUGGAUGUCCAGAGGCAAGAGACUCCUGAAUGGUUAGACAGUGAUUCCUGUCAAAAAUGUGACCAACCUUUCUUCUGGAACUUCAAGCAAAUGUGGGACAGUAAAAAAAUUGGCUUGAGACAGCACCAUUGUAGGAAGUGUGGGAAGGCUGUCUGUGGCAAAUGUAGCUCCAAGCGUUCCUCCAUCCCACUGAUGGGCUUUGAAUUUGAAGUGAGAGUCUGUGACAGCUGUCAUGAGUCCAUCACAGAUGAAGAACGUGCACCCACAGCUACCUUCCAUGACAGUAAACAUAAUAUUGUUCAUGUGCAUUUUGAUGCAACCAGAGGUUGGCUAUUGACUUGUGGGACAGACAAAGUUAUUAAGUUGUGGGAUAUGACACCAGUUGUAUCAUGAUGUUUUCCAGAAUCCAAAAAACAGUAUUUCUGGAAGCAACGGUCACUCUAACCCAAAUUGUUGAGGAAGAUAAAAGUAAAGCUGAGUAUCGUGGGCAGUUAAGAGAGAGACUAAAAAAUCUAAGUUAGUUUUUAAGUCAUCUGCCAGUAUGGGGCAAACACUAGUAAGGAGACUCUUAUUUCAACUUGUUCACACAAUAGAAAAAAAUAUUUUUUUAAGCAAAUGGUUUGUACAAUCUGGCCAUGCUACAUUGUUCUGAGUUUGUCUGGGGGGAAAAAUCAUGUGGGAUGGAUGUUUAGUUUUAAUUUUUCAACACUUCCUUGUUCUUGCUGCUUUGUAUUGAAGAAGUGAGGGAGGUGUCUUUUCAGGGUUGGGUGUGGUCUUUGUUGCUCCUCCUCUUCCCCACCCCAAGAUAUAUCUUACCACAUACUCAGCAUCACUUUUACCUCACCAGAACGAAUGUAUUUAAAGCUAUUUAUUGUUGAUAUUUCUGGGUUCAUCCCCAAUUCAGCGGAGACAUAUGUGAAGAUUGACUUUUUGAAGGAACUAAGCAGCAGUGCUUGCAUCCAUCCAGACUUUAUCUAAUAGAAAUCAACCUCUCCGGUUUCCUGGACCCCAGAAAAAAAAUGGGAGUUUUUCCUGCCUUCCCCCUGCCUCCUAAAAAUAACGGUUAAGCUGCUCCACAGCUAUCUAAAAGAUGUCCAAGAAGUUGGUAAUUACAGUUGAGAGCAUCUCCCAUUAGCACCUGUGUUCAUCUGAACUCAGCUGGAACCGCACAAGCUAUUUUAAAGGAAAUUUUAAUGACAGGCCUCUCUCAGGUUUCACCAAAACACAUGUUUGCAAAAGCAUUUGUCUCUUAGUUAUGUGUUACUUAUGAACUUAAAUGCAUUCAUCUGUAUAAAAUUUUAAUUAAGUCUCUUCUUUUUUCCUUCCCUAUUCAAACUAUGCAUUAAGAAAAAAAUUAAUAGGAUUGAUCCAGAUACCCUACAUACUUAAAUGAUAUAUCCCUUGAGACACUUGGUAUGGUAGAAAUCUGCAUUCUCCUGCUAUUUUCCUUUUGGAAAAAAACUUUAACUUUUUAAAUGAAAUGUAAAAUAAUGCUUUUUAAAGAGAACCAAAAUGGCCUGCCUGUUAUGGUGUGGUUUUUUUCUUUUUUCUUUCUUUCUUUUUUUUUUUUAACUCUAAAAGUAAUGGGAAUAAAAUCCUGCCAGGGAAAAUUGUCAGCUCUUCUAGAUGUGAAAAGGAGAACCAAUGCCUUUCCCUCCUAUAGAGCUUAAAACAUUUGUUUGUUUCUUAUCUAGAAAAUUUACUUUUUUAUUCUCUUUUAGGGAGAACUUCAUUUCCACCAUAUUGUUAUUUCCAUGAUACCUUGUACAUAUCUAAGUUUGGGAACUUUUUUCAAAGGAUAUUGGGGGUUGGAGGGAAAUAGAAAAUGUCUCUUUUAAUUUCCUUCUUUUUAGAAAGCAGAAAGUCUUAUGGUACAACAGACUUAUUUUUAUCAUUGAUUUUUCCCUCUUCUUGGUUUUCUGCCUAGUGAUUAGCACCAAACUAGAAAACCAGGUCUUCAUAAUGGCAAAUUCUGCUUCCUGGUUCGGUGACCUCUUGAAUAACUUGAUGGUGGUUAUGAUAGCCCAAGAGGUUUGGGGGAAAAUAGCACUGUUCAUUGCCUUAUUAAAUUGAAAAUUUAUGCUUAUAAGCAAGAAACUUUAAUGAAGCACUAGGGGAGUAUUCCCAGGUUACUAUAACUCAAUCCUUCACAUUCCCCCAAACAUAUACAUAGGACAAAAAUAUCCUAAGGAACAUAAUCACUUAACAUAUUUUUAUCUCCCCCAAAUUCUCUCCUUGCUGUCAAUAGCUGCUAUAAUCACUAUUUUGAAUGUCUUCUGCAUGUCUGUCUCAUGUUCUAAUUUUUAUGAUGUUACAAUUUUUAAAAUAUUCAAAUGUCUGUAGUCUGUCUAUAUGUAUAAUAUAUGCUUGGAUCUCAUUACCUCAUUACUAAUAAAAUUUUCUAAGUCCUUGAAAGGUAGAAGGGAUCCACAGAAAUGAAUAGAAGGCUUCUAGCUCCAUUUUGCCUUCUUCCUCUUCACAUUCUAGCCAGUACAAGAAAAGGGAGAUACAGUAUUAAGGAAUUGAUGGAUCAAGUGCCCAUCAGGCCUAUGCACAUGUUUUCCAACUGAGCCAAAAUCUCAUUGGACAAAUACUUGCACUCCUCUAGGAUCACACAUGAUUCUUUUAGCUUACUGGCAUUUGACUCAAACGUGAUUUCUCUGCAUGGAUGUCUAUAUUCAAAAGCCUUUAAUAGUUCUUUUCAAUACCACAUUUCUAUCCAAGCCCAAAGAUUUGCUCAUAGUUUAAAGCUAGUCAAGGCAUUUUCAAGUUUCAUAAGUGGUAGGAGUUUUGCUUUAAAACAAAACAACAACAACAACAAAAACUAGAUGUUUCUAAGCAGUCACUGAAUUGUUUUUCCCUUCUCUUGUCUACGUGUCCUUUAAGGUCAAUUGGAUUCAGCAAACAUAGUUUAGGCGUAUGAAGUGGUUAUCCUGGAAACUCUGUGAAUGCCUUAAUUUUAAAAUUGUGUUUCUAUACCCUUUUCUGGCAAAAUUCUCUGUUUGUGCCAUGUUUCUCCACCAGGCACUUUCUGAAAGUGAAAGUUUCUGUCAGUCAGAAUUGGAAGCUGGCACCAGCCUCUUCUUUCUCUGUGGAGACUUUGCCUAUUUCUCUUAAGCUUCCUUUUCAAUUACUGUCCAUUUGGCUUGCCUUUAUACUUGUUCCUCUUGGGAGCUGAAAGUUUUACCCAAACUGGAUAUUUUUUGAAAACAGGAAAUUAUGAUGAUUUCACAGAAUUUUUAGAGUGGCCAUCUAGUCCAACUCAUAUCCAAAAAGGAGUUACUAUAACAACAUGAAAUUUUGUGAUCUCUCUCUCUCUCUCUCUCUCUCCUGCCCCCCCCCCUUUCUCCUCCUCUCUCCCUCCCUCCCCCUCUCUCUCACUCUCACUCUCACAUACAUAAUGACCUAUUAAGUACCCACCCCUUUCUUUUAUUUACUUCUUAGAAAUUAUCAUCAUAAGAUGUAGCAACUCUACCAUAAUAGUUUAAAAAAAAAAUUAGUUUCAGAUAAAGUAAAACUUAAAGGCUUGUUUUGUUUCUUUGCCUGAGCAACCAGUCUUUCUGAUUGGCUUUUAAAAUGCCAUACUCUUUUCCAUACAUUACUCAUGUAGUAUUCUUAGAUGAAUCUUUGAAUAUCAGAACUGGAAAAGGACCUUAAGAGGUCCCAAGACCUUAAGGUGUUCCAAGAAUUCCCACCCUCAAGCAAAGUAUACCUCAAUCAUGUCACACAAAGCAAUAAUGAGGACUUUUUUCUUUGGCUGAGGUAGGAGAGCGCCUGAUGGGUAGGGAAGGUAUAGGACACAUCAGGAGAUCUCUGGGGGAACUGUUAAUUCCUGGAAACUUUUACUUUAGCAGACUGUGAAUAUCACCUGGAAUAACAAACUCUGGAGUGAUUUGGAAGUCUCUAACCAAGCCACUAGUGGAUAAGAAGUAUCAUACCACUAGGUUCUGAGUUCUUUUCCACAAAAUAUUAUUUGAUAUACCUUCUGUCACCACCUCUGGUCAUGAGCCAACAGGUUGGUGAAUUUAGAAUAAUAGGGUAUUUGUUGCAGGUCUGCAUAUUUCCUUGUCAAAUGCCUCAGCACCAGAAAGUCAGAAUUGAGGGAGGGAAUUCAGGUGCACACAAGUAUAUCUGUGGUAUUAUACUAAAUGUGAAGAGCCCAUUUCAGUGAGCUUUUCUUGGCAGAUAUCUUCCUACUCAACUAACACCUCCAUUCUUUUGAAGCCUCAGGUUUUCAAAUAUAAUUUUUUUUUGCUAGAGCUCAUUUUGUUAGUUGUCCUAAUUUUGCCUAAGAGAAGUAAAUUAGUUCAUUGGAUGAGAUUUCCCUGAUUUGUAUCACAUUGUAGUGUUUUAAAAGAUAGAAAGACUGAACCUGUGAUUCCAUUCAUACAGGGAAAUCCCUAGUGAGGACAGACAAUACUUUCACAACUCAACUUAUAGGCUUGGAAAGUUGCCUAGAGCAUUUGAAAGGUAGAGUAAUUUAUCCAAUGUCAUACAGCUGUCAUGAGCCACAGGCAAUAUUUGAAUCCUGCCCUCCCUAAUUCUGAGGUUUGCUGUCUAUCCACUAUCACAAUUGCCUUUCAUUUGUAUAUAAAUAAAUGAUUUUGUCACAAAGGUUUACAUCUUAAAAUACUGGAAAUUCUUUUUGCCAGCAGUUUACAUUUUUCAUACAGACCUAACAAAUUUUUCAUUUUAUCUCCUUUAUGGUAGGUUUGUGGUGUAUGUGUGUGCCCAUAUGCAAGUACCCAUUUUUUCUUUAAAGAGUGAAAGCAAGCAAGGAUUCAGCAGCCUGAAUGGGAGAAACAAGAAUAAAAUUAACUCUUAAAAAUUAUUUGCCCAUUUAAUUACAGUUUUACAUAGUGUAAAGUGCCAAAAAAUAUAGGAUUUUCCAAAAGGGUUAGGCACUUUUAAUCUUCAAAAGCUUAAAAAUGCACUAAAGACUUUUGGGAUAUCCUGUAUAUUCCUGGAACACUAUAUAUUUUUACUAUUAGAACACUGAUUUUUAGGGAGUUAAGAGAAUAAGGAGAAACAUUGCUCCCCUGCUUUGUGCUUUGAAAGGAGUUUAGUUGAUCACUCAUAGCAUUCCAGUUGAAAGCCUUUCUUCUUCUCAUCUCGGGGCUUACUUUCCUUUGUAAAUGCCUGAAAUUGUUGGCUUGAAAUGGCCCCUAGUUUCCUUGACUCAUUAUUUACUAAGUAUUGGGUAUUCUCGGGGUACCUGACCCAAUCGUUGGUACAUAGGAUGGCUAUAGAACACUACCUUCUACCUGUAUUUGUCCUUGAGGAGUUUACCUAUUAAAUUCAAAUUGGUCUUGGAUCUGUCCACCAUUCCUUCCUUCAUCCUGGGAGCACCCUCAAGACCCUUUAUUCUGUAUUCCUAUUUGUAUUCCAAGACCUUUGGGAGAGUCUGCAAGCUGGCUGGAGAGAACAAGAGGGCAUAGCUCUUUACAAUCCAAUUCUGUCAAACUACACGUGGCCUUAUUUUAAUUUCUAACUAUGUGCUGUGUCUACCACAGCUAAGUCUUCUGGUACGUAUGCCAGCAGCUGAAGCAUUACAAUCUUUAGAAUUUUCAGAGAGGGAAUUAGAUGAACCCUGAACGUAAUCACACAAGUCAAGGCAAAUUAGGGUCCUUUUUUUUCCCUAGAGAGAGAGAUAGAGACAGAGAGAAAAGUUUGGUAUGACUAUUGGGAAAUUUAGCCCUGCAGGGCUUGCAAAAUGCCAUUUUUUUUCCCCUUUAUUAUCAACACAGCCCUCAUUCCAUUUUGGCUAUAGACUAAUUUUGCCUUCUAUUUCUAAUGCUUAAAGUAUUUUAUAACUAUAUAGUAUAAACUCAUCUUCAUUUUUAAACCUCAUCUCAGCCUUGCAGAGAACUCAAAACUUAACAAACCAUGCAAUUGUUUUUUAACAUCACUGUUUCUACCAUGGCUAUUCAAAGUUAGUACAAUCAGUAGAAUUCAUGUUCAUCACUGGGCUUAUAAAAGCCAGCCAACACCAACUAGGCAAAUGAUUAUCUGCAAGGCUUAAGCCAGAUAAAUGAGAGAAGACUGACCACUCUCUCUUUGUUUCCUCUGUCAAAUAUCAAGAAAGCACAGUCUAUUUUUUACGUGUACCUACAUGGAUAUUUUAUUAUGGAAAGGUGAGAUAAUGAGGAUGGUGAAGAUAUUCCAAGUAUUCCUUUUUGUUCAUCUCCCUCAUCACCUUCCAUCUUGUAUCAUACCUUUUUGUGUAAGUCUCACUGUGUUCCUUUCCAUUAGGUAAAUUCCUUAAAUUCAGAGACUUUUGUUGUAUAUGUCUGCAGCACUUAGCACAGUGCCUUUUAUGUUGGAGAAAACAAAUGUUUGUUAAUUUGGAUCAGAAUCAUAAGCAAAUGAGACUUGCUUAGGAAAAAAUGAUUGAAAUUACAUAUUGAUUUGAUGAUCGUAUUAGAAACAAGGAAGCUUAUAUAACUCAGAAUCAGGUCUUGACACUAGACUUUUUUUCCUUCUCUAAUUAAAGAAUAGGAAGUUAUUAUUAACAUAAAAGGGAAAAUGGUUUGCUUAUAUUUGCAUUUAUAUCUUUUGUUAUUAAAUGACAAAAGCACUUUGUGGCACUAGAACAUACCAACAUGAUGUAUGGACCAAAACACUUGUUUCUUUUAACCAUUACAUUUUCAGUUAUGUUUUAUGUUAUUGAUAUUUCAUGUUUAAGAAUAUAUUUUUCAGUGUAUUGUU